GUUAAAAAAAAAAUACACACUUGUUUCUGUAUAAUUGGAAUCUUAAAGAACGUUGCAUUGUUUUUGUUUUUUGUAUUUCCAAAAAUCACUAACUGUCACUGAUCAUUAAGCUUAAUUAGCUUCCGUUAUUUAGUGAUGAACAAAAGGCGCAGGACUUGGCUGUUGAACCAGACACUCACAGCCAUGCUUUUCUUCGUGCUAUCCAUCUAUAUCUGCUUCACCACCAUUCAAUCAUGGGCCUCCUCAAAACCCACCAAGCCCAUUAGGCCCAAUAUUCUUCUUCCUCCCAUUUCACCCGACACUUCUUCUUCUUCUUCUUCCUCCAUGCGAGUCAAAGUUUACAUGUACGAUGAUCUUCCGACAAAGUUCACCUACGGCGUUGUCGAACAUUUCUGGACAGCACAUGGUUUUGCUGACGUGGCAAAGUCAACGCUCCAAAAACUCAAGUACCCGAGUCACCAGCACUCCUUGGAGUGGCACUUGUUGCUGGACUUAACCCGACCCGAAAAUGAACGAACCGGGUCUCCAGUCAUUCGGGUCAUGGAUCCUAACGAAGCUGACUUGUUUUACGUGCCGUUUUUCUCUUCUUUGAGUUGGGUUGUGAGCAGGACCCAUUCUGCGAACGGGUCGGGUAAGGUCAAGAAGUACUCGGAUUCGGAGACGCAGGAGGAGCUGGUGACGUGGCUGGAGGGGCAAGAGUAUUGGAGGAGGAACAAGAGGAGGGACCACGUGUUGGUUUGCCAGAAUCCGAAUGCGUUGAACCGGGUCAUGGAUCGGGUCAAGAAUGCCGUGUUGUUGGUCUCGGAUCUCGGGCGGGUAAGGCCCGGCCAUUCCUCGUUGGUUAAGGAUGUGGUGGUGCCUGACUCGCAUAAGAUUAGUGCCUAUAAUGGAGAUGUCGGCGUUGAGGAUCGGAAAACGUUGUUGUUCUUCAUGGGCAAUCGGUUUCGCAAAGUUCUUGUAAUUCAGGUGAAGCGAAACUUUGAGUACAAAGAUCCAAAUGGGACAGUGAAUGAAGUCUGGCGCCAAGUAUCACAGAAGCUCCCCUUGAUUAAACUGAUGAUCAGUUGUGACAGAAGGCUUGCCACAAUGCAUGUGACUGAGCCAGAUUGCUCUGCAUGUCACUGUUCAAAUCAAAGUGGCAUUGCUACCACCCGAUGAUGCUGCCUUCGACAAUGAUUCUGGAACUUUAUGCCUGCCUAAAGAAUCAAAGUCUUUUGCAUAUUGAGAGCAAGUGCAUGGCUUUUCUUCAGCAAGGAGAAGAUCAAGAAAUUUUAACUGUAUAAAAUAACUUUUUUCACCAGAACUGAAGGUAGAUGUGAAUAUGGAAUCCCUUCCAUUUACGGGGUUUUUGAAUUUUGGGUUUCCUUACACUUUUCUUUCUUUGGAUACCUCACUUAUUUUCCCCCCUUCUCCCCCACACACACACUCGCUCUUUCCCUCUCCCCACUUUGUAUCUUCUUUUCUAUCUUGACACAAACAAAUUUAGCAUCUGGAAACUUGGUUGUAUGUACUUGAAAUGUACAUGAUAGAGAUUACAAGGAUCACGUUUAUGUUGAUUCUUUUAUUUGAGCCGUCAUAA